CGGCCCCGUAAACCUGCCCCUCUCGCUGCGCGUCCUAAAUGUGCGUGGAGGAAUUAAACUGCACGAGUGAAUAACAGCAUUAGUUUCAAUUAAUUUUUAUCCUGGCAACAAUAAAGUUUAGAAACAAAGCGCUUUUACAUCCUUAAUUAGUCUUGCUUCCCAUCUGUAGUCUUUUAAGUGCCUGCUCCUUGAUUUAACUUUGUCCCUCCUUCAGAGCCGCCUCCUUUUUAUUAUUUUACUUUUUUUUUCGUUCCCCCUUCCAGACUGCCGCCUGUUUCUUUCCUGCAACCUUUCACCUCCCUUGUCCCUGUCUGUCUGCUCUGCUCUGUGCAGUUUAUUUCUCCUGUAUUUUCCCAACAUCAACAGCAGUAUUGGUUACCAUGGCCCCGAGCUAUGUGCAGAGGUGGGAAAGCUUCAUCCGCCCAAAACUUCUUACACUUUUGAAGUCUUUCUUUUAGUAGGAUCUGAAAUGUAUCAUCUAGAGUGUGUAUUAAAUGAACAGUAUUCCUGAAGGCUUUAGAGCAAGAAAGGCAACACCCUGGAAAAUUCUGCAGUCUUUCAGCAUUCUCUGCCCUAGGGUUAUAGCCCUGGGCACGGAGCUGAAUGGAGCUCUUACAACUGCCUUCUGUUUACCUUUUAUGGUUAAAAUAACAGCUUAGCAAAGAAGCAACUUCAUGGAGAAACGAUUCAGUGAAAUCAUCUCAAGCUGUAGCAGCAUAGCUAGUUUAAUCACCCCUAGAGAGCUGAACAACUGUGAGCACAAUGGGACACAAAAUCAUUUUGUGUGUAAAUGAGCAUGGCAUUGUGAUUAUUUCACUUUGCAUGGGCAAAUAGUUUUUACAAGCAGUUAGCUUAGGAAGGCAGAAAAAGAUAAGCUGGCUCUGAAAGAUCUUGGUGUGUAAUGUUUGAAAAACUAAAUAUUCACAUAAUUUGGGAAUCAGGCUCUAUUGAUUUUGCCUUCAGCAGGUUCCUGUGUUACUUAUUAGAGCAGGGUUAUUGUCUGCGCCACUAGUUGGGAUGCUGUAUCCUGUUGUAUGCAGCUAAAGAGCAAGGAUUAUUUUACAUGGUUUAAUAAAUGAAGUUUGUUAGUGUCUCUGCGAUAUUUACCCUUAAGGUUUUAAUUUUCUCAUCCAUAUUAGAAAAUAUGCGCAUAAAGACUUUCGCUGGAUAAAUACAUUUAGGAUUUCGCUUUGUGCAUAAAGUAAGUACAUUACUCAGUGUGAUGAAUUUUUGCUGUGUGGUACAUUGAGAAGAGGAUGGAGUCAUUAGGAAUAGGGUCACAGUACCUUGAGAAACAGGGGGUAUUUUUUUUGGAGCAAUAGUGCCCUUCAUGUAGUGCUUGGCAGUUGCGCCUCUUGAUAAUUUGCUCAUACAAAAAUGUUUGACUUUCACACCUCUAAUAAAAAUCUAGGAUUCAUCUUUUAAUAUGAGUCUCCUCAAGCCAGUGCUUUAAUUCCCCUUCUCCUCCUCUCCCCCCAAAAGCCAGUAGCACCCUCAAUAAGUAUGAAAAGCCAUAAAAGUUUGAAAACUAUUUUAGCUUUCCAGUGAUUUUCUAUAAUUAAGUGUUUUUUCAACACAUGCUCUAGCUGAGAAAUGCCAAAAGCAGAGGAUUGUUCAAAAGGUCCCUCCAGUGAAUAGUAUAAAUUAAAUAUCUACUGUGUGAGUAUGGCCUCACUGAGAAUCUCAGUCUUUACAGAUCAAGGAAUUUACUGGUAUACUAACAUUAAACAAAAUCCUAAGAUAGCAGCAGUGUUUAAAUAUGCACAAAUAGAUUCGUAUCACUUGAUCUUUAGCUAUCUGUGCAUAUUUUAAAAUUGAUGUCUGUAUUUCAAGACAAAUGGUUAAAUGUAAGACACAUUUACAGAGGACUGGAAGUCCUUUGAUUUCAUUUGGAAAUUGUAACAAGGGGUGCAGAUGAGCCCUAAUUAGACUCUUGUUUUGUGAAACUGCGUGAGAUUUAUUUCUAAGGCAGCCCUGUACCGUGCAAGGUCUGUACCUUUAUCGUUAGUGAUAAUGGUUGGGGUCUGAACAAAGACAGGGUUGACAUUCAGCCUGGAUCUUCUGACCCUUUCAUUUAAGUGAAGGAGUAGAGACUGAACAUGAGUUUACAGUGCUCUUUGGUAAGAAAAAAACCAGCAACCUUUGUCUGUGUUGGCAGACAGAUUAGUAAACACGUUGCUAAAAUACUGUAGGUACUUACAUACUAAGUUGUUUUUAAAAGUUAGUUGUUUUAUUUAUGCUAUAUGACAUAUUUACUGAAGGCUGGCUACAACAAGCUCUUGUGGGAAACAAGAAAGCAACGUCUUCAGUCAUGAAAGGAUUCAGUCACUUUCCUUGAAGGUGGUGCUGUAGUGAAAAUGUAAAUGCCCAAUUUCGCAUCGGCUGACACAGAAGUCCUAGGACAGAGUUGGCAUUUGCUUCGUGUUCAGUGCAGUUGUCCAUCCAGCCUCUGAAGAGACAAGGAUGUGGAUUCAUAAUGGGGAGGGAAGAAGCAUGUCCCGUCUGUCUCUAACACGCUCCCCGGUUUCUCCUCUGGCUGCUCAAGGAAUUCCUCUCCCAGCUCAACUCACCAAGUCCAACGCUCCCGUGCACAUCGAUGUAGGAGGACACAUGUACACCAGCAGCCUGGCUACCCUGACCAAGUACCCCGACUCCAGAAUAAGUCGUCUGUUUAAUGGCACAGAGCCUAUUGUCUUGGACAGUUUAAAACAGCAUUAUUUCAUUGAUCGAGAUGGGGAAAUUUUCAGAUAUAUAUUAAGCUUCCUAAGGACGUCUAAGCUACUGCUCCCAGAUGACUUUAAGGACUUUAAUCUUUUAUAUGAAGAAGCAAAGUAUUACCAGCUGCAGCCAAUGAUUAAGGAACUUGAGCGAUGGAAACAAGAGAAAGAACAAAGGAAACAUUUCCAGCCUUGUGACUGCUUGGUUGUAAGAGUGACUCCAGAUCUGGGGGAAAGAAUUGCAUUGAGUGGAGAGAAGGCUUUGAUAGAAGAGAUCUUCCCAGAGACCGGGGAUGUCAUGUGCAACUCUGUGAACGCAGGCUGGAACCAGGACCCCACCCACGUUAUCAGGUUUCCGUUGAAUGGAUACUGCAGGUUGAACUCCGUGCAGGUGCUCGAAAGAUUGUUCCAGAAGGGAUUUAACGUGGCAGCCUCCUGUGGUGGUGGGGUGGAUUCCUCCCAGUUCAGUGAAUACGUGCUGUGUCGCGAGGACAGGCGAGCACAACCCACCCCAACGAUCAGAAUAAAACAGGAACCCCUGGACUAGACCCUCCCCGUGCCCCCUUUGUAACCAUAGAAGUGUUUAAUAGUCCCUUAUGUGAAACACUAAGGAUUUGCAAAACAGUAUUAGCAAACUGAUUUUGACUUUAUGUUGCCAAUUAGUGGUAUUCUGAAACUACCUGUCACAUAGCCAGCCAUGGAAUGCAUUUGAAAAUCCUGUCGUUCACGGUGGAGUCCCCGAGCACACUCAGCUUGCCAGGGCUGGGAUGUACUUUGGGCUGGCCAGCAGUGGUGUGGAACAGGCAGAGCUGCAGAAACCCUGGCCCUGGACUGGACUAUCUGCAGCAAGAGCCAUGGAAGCAGUGGAACGGACCAGCAGGAGCCCAGGGACACCCCAGAGCUGCGCUGUGGGGACGGGGCUGUCUGCGGGAGGAAGAACCCCAAAAACUGCACUGAGAGCCUUCCCUGACUGCCCCUCCUCCAUAUCAGAUGUGCUUUACACCCCAGCAUCACGGCCACCUGGUGAUUGUACUCACCCACACGAGCAAAUGGCUUAUUUUUAUACUUCAUUUCCAGCUGAGGUCCCUCUCUGUCAACAGGAUCCAGAACCAGGAAAGGACUGAUCCAUAGUCACUGGUGCUCAGUACUUAACCCCCCGCAAACCAAA